AUGCGGAAAGCUCUCAUCGCCGCUGCCCUCUUGCACGGACUCGCCCGAGCGGCACCUCAUCCGCAGGACAUUGACUUCGACGCUGUGGACUCUGCACCGUCGGCUACGGUCACCGGUCCACCCAUUACUGCCGUUGAGCAGCCUGUCACUUACAAUCCAACCACUGCUUCGCAGUCGGCUGCCGCGGCUGUCACUGCUAGCCCGUUAGCUAAACGAUGGGAAUUUGGCCUCUUUGAAAGAGACGGAGUGAAUGACGACUGCGCUCCGCAACCUGACGGUUACGGACCGAAACCCACCUCCGAUACCACAGAUGCUUUCAUUACAAACACCGUGUUUGCAUUGGCUGCAGUUAAUGCGCCGACCCCCAACGGCUAUAACAAUGUUUUCUCAAAUCUGCAGGGCAGUGUCAGCUUACCCUCUUACCUCGGUCUGUAUACUCUCCAGAGUUAUGACCCGCUUCAAUGCCAGCAACUCUGUGACGCUGCAGACUCAUGUUAUGGCUUCAACAUUUAUUUCGAAAGGGAUCCUUCUGUGAAUCCUGCAGACGCCUGCCCCAAUCCCCCGAGCUUUACCAACAUCAAAUGCACACUUUGGGGAUCUCACGUCACGGCACAAUCGGCCUCAAAUAUGGGCGGAUACCGUGACCAGUUCCAGGUUGUGAUUGCUGGGUCCAAUGGGUACAACAAAAAGAAGGCACCACCACCAUAUAGCGGCUAUGAUGGUCCGACGGAGCUAGGAGGUGCCAUCGCUGCACCCCUGUAUACCGACCCCACCACAGGAGCUCAGGUUGAUACUUAUAUUGGCGUGAAAUUUUUCCGGGGUGCCUUCAAUGCCGGCCAGUGUGCUGCCGCCUGUGACGCAACGGAGGAUUAUGAUCGUACUCACGCUACUGGUGGUAGCUACAAGCCUUGCAAUUUCUUCAAUGCGUACGUCCUGUCGAAGAACGGCAAAGCACUGGGCACCUACUGUUCUCUCUACACCCAACCCUGGGACAAGAGCUAUAGCACAAACGUUGGGCAAUACUCGGGAUCCGACUAUUACUCCGUCAGCCAGAGCUAUUCAUACACCCGCUCCGUUCAGGACCCGGGCGUCGUCGACUAA